CCCACAUCAUUUUUUUUAGGCUCCGAUCACACUAUCGACCGCCCGAAGCUACCGUUUGCCCGGACGCUGCUCUCGAUUAGUACCGCCACCCAUAUUGGCUGGUCUUCUUUUCGCGACACCUUGCAAAGGAACUUCUCGAGAUGUCACAGGACGAAGAAGAAGACAAGGUACGGUACGCCUAUAAGGAGCCAUCAUUUACCGAUGUCAACCGUGCAAAGGGCAGAUUCACGCUAGAUCUGUGCGAAGUCACAUUUGUGCAAAGAAGCUGGACGAGCGGAUGGGCGAGCAUGGAACAUGUCAAAGAGGAAGAGGUCAAAGAAGAACGCAAACCCAUCGAAGAACUCGCCUUGUUUCACGAGACAGUAGGGCAUUUGGCCGGUAAUCUCUACGAGCUCUCUGUCAAGCUCAAUGAUCUAGGAGGUUCCAACUCAUUCGCAUAUUCCGCCUACAUCCUUGGUUUGUGGCUCUUUAGGCUUUGGCGUCUCAUCCAGCUGCAGGGGGAAGCCUUCGAGCGGAAACAUACGCGCUUGCAGUCGUCGGAGGAGGAGAGAAAUCGUCGGGUGGUCACCCUGAUUUCGACGAUUGCACGCUACGCCACCGCUUCGUUGAAAGAUGAUGACGACGAUGGGUUUAUUCAAAAGACUCCAUACGAGGAAGAGGGAGCGAGGAGGCACGAAAAGGCACCGUCUCUUUCGACGAGGCACCUUUUUGAGCCGGGGUAUGAUGCCUGGAGAAUCGAGAAACCAUUCGAAGAGGAUGAAAAACGCCGAUUCACCCAAGGACAACUUGAAAGAAACAUGCGCAUUUGCCUGAGAUGCGUCCGAAAAGAGAUCCGAAUUCUGGAACAAGAUGUCAACACCAUGCACGUCGUGCGGCAUCGACCGGCAUUUCAGUCCUUUCGAGUGUCGCUCGAUAAGACUUUCGAUGAGUUCGAACGCCCUUUACUCAGUAAUAGCCACACACUCAAGACGAAAGACUUGAGGCGUUUCACACGGGCCCUUGCAGAGUGUAUUGAGAGGCUGGCCGUCGUAAACGAGUCGGGGGUCAAGCGUGCCAGGGCAGCUCAGCUAGCAACACUUGACACAUUGCGCAACGAAGGUAUCAUUGCCGGUCUCAUCUUGACCACGGCCGCAUCAGCACUCGCUCUCGUCGUCAGCUUGGAACGCUCCGCUAGGCCCGCAAUCGAUACUGCCGCCUUCAUCCUUUUCGAAAGUAGCACCAUCCUGAGCUUAUGGGCGUCUCUCCUCUACAUGCUUAGUUCCGUGCGACUGUCACAUUCGCUAAGCAGACCAUUCAUGCC